UGGAACAUAUCGAUACAUAUAUGUCACACACGUCAACACCGGUCAUUCUAAACUGCAUAUCUUCCCUCAUAUCUUUCAUAAUUUUAUAUUUUAUUUAAAUAUGGAAUAUAUUUAUAAAUUACCUUUCUACGUUUUAGAAGUGCCCAAUUUAAAACUUAAAAGACCAUCAUGGUUCGUUAAACCUAGUGCAAUGAUAGUUUUUUCGUUCGUUCUAUUAUCAUAUUUUUUGGUGACAGGAGGUAUAAUUUAUGAUGUUAUCGUUGAACCACCUAGUGUAGGAUCAACAACCGACGAGCAUGGUCAUACAAGACCUGUGGCAUUUAUGCCAUAUCGUGUAAAUGGUCAAUAUAUUAUGGAAGGAUUAGCAUCCAGUUUUUUAUUUACUUUAGGUGGCUUAGGGUUCAUCGUACUCGAACAAACACAUAGUCCAUCCACACCUAAACUUAACAGAAUUCUUCUGAUAUCUGUUGGAUUCAUCGGUAUAAUUGUAUCAUUUAUUACCUGCUGGAUAUUCAUGCGCAUGAAACUACCGGGAUAUUUACAAUCAUGAAUAAAUCAUUCCAAAGUAUAUGCAAGAUAAUUUUGAAAUGAUACAUUUAAUAAUAACAUUUUUUAUAAAAAAAAAAAAAA